CCCGUUUGGCGCGAGCAAGAAACUGGUGAGCGAACGGGACGGACCUUGAGAGCCUCUGCUUUUCUUAGCAGUUAUGGAGCAAAGUAGUUCCCGCUUUGAGUCAGAACUUGAUUUCUGCCCUGAGUGUGGUACAGUCCUACCUCUGCCAGGUAUCCAGGACAAGGUGACAUGUCCCUGUUGCUCUUUCUCCAUUGAUGUGCGAGAAUUUGAAAAAAGAAUUAUCCAUACAUGCACUGAAUUCAACAGAAUAGAUGCCACCUCUUUAACAGUGGAUGAUGGAAAAGCAGUCAAAGGCCCGUUGAUUGACAGGAAGUGUCCCCAGUGCGGGCAUGAAGGCAUGGCGUACCACACUCGGCAGAUGAGGUCUGCAGAUGAAGGGCAGACCGUCUUCUACACCUGCAUCCACUGCAAUUUCCAAGAGAAAGAAGAUUCUUGAUCAAGUUUGCCCAAAUAUUUAUAAUUAGAAUUGCUUCAAAGAGUCAUCUCUGGAUUGCUACUGUGGCAGUGGAAAUCUUGGUUACCAUGGAAUCAGCCUCCUACUUAGCUGGGUGAUUUGCAGAUGACGACUACAGACCUUCUCUAGUGGACUACAAACCUGAAAUGAAAAUAGAAAGUAACGGCAGGAGUGACAUGUGAUAAAAAUGGUCUUGCAAGUAGACCAAGAUCUUUUUUCCAAUUUGUUACUUCUCUUUUCUCCUUUCUCAUGGAAAAGAAAGAACAAUUGUUAAUCUGUGGGCCGAACCGAUCCAGAAUUAAACAUAGUAUGUGCUCUUGCCACGAGCCGUCUCGCUGCUGCUGCCAUCACCCAAGACUUUUAUUUUAUUUUUUAUUAUUACAUUUGUGCGCCAUCUUUUUACCUAUCGCAAGGAAUUCAAAGAGAUGUACAUGGUCAUCUUCCUCUCCAUUUUAUUCUUACAGCCAUACUGUGAGUUAGGUAAGGCUGAGAGUCAACGAGAGGCCCAAAAUCAGCCGAUGAACUUCAUGGCUGAGCAGGGACUAAUGCUCAGGUCUCCCGAGUCCCAGUUCAGCACUGUGACCUCUGCACCACAAUGGCUUGUGUAUUCCCCUCUAGCAUCUUAGUUUGUUGACCUCUUGCCCCACUCCUGAUAAAAGUGUUUGAGCUACUCGGACUUGGUGUGUGUGUCUGCUGGGGAGACAGAUUUUUCAUUCUAGUCAUGCUACACCCUUGGUUCAAGAAGAAACAGAAGGGUUCUGUGGUUUGCUGGAGAGCAGUCACUCGCUCCUUCCCGUUAUCACCCUUUAUCCUUUUAUAGGGUAGAUGUUAUUCUGCCUGCUCCACUCUUCUUCCUUUGAACUGAUGUCGGGAGGCUGCAAUUGCACUGUAAAAAAGAAGGGAAGGGUGGGGGACACCAUAUUUCCUGGGCCAGGUCUGGCUCAUGAGGCACCAGUACUCAGUGUAGGUUUGGAACUCUGCAUACGCUGUUGUGGUAACUGGUGAGAGCCCAGCUUCUCCAAACCAGCAUGCAUCCUUGGAUCCUGUGACCACAGCAGUCCUUGUUUCUGGCACUGCCGCUCUCCUUGCUCCCUGUGUUCUGUCUCCCUACCGUUCUUUUUCUAGUGACACAGGUUUAGGAAUUCGCUUUUUUAUAAAGAGUGUCAUAAGUGGUUGAGGUGAAUGGUCCUGUCCCAUCUUCUCCCCCAACCAAAGCUGUAAGAGGGAAAAGCACUGCCCUGUUGUGAAGUCUCAGCUGUAUAAUUUGUUUCGGGGUACUCUGAUCAUGCCCUUUUAAAAUUUGCUUUUGUAUUCUGUAAGGAGGUGAAGUAGUCGCCUACCUCCCCAAAUCAUUGGUCUAGAUUCAAAAUGGUGAAUUGAUGUAGCAGAUUUGAAAUGCUUCUCGAUCUAAUCCAGUAUAGUUAAGGGAGAUGUGGGAGAUGGAGGGAAGUCCCAGAUUAGUAUCUUUCAGAAGUUCCAUUUCCCAAACUACCUUCUAUCUGGAGUGGAACUAAGAAGAGAAUUUGAGGUAGGGCAUGUGAAUUAUUCAGUAAUGUAUGCCUUUCCUGGUGUGAUUGUGAAUUUCCCUCCCAACUUGAAUAUGUAAAAUAAAACUUUUAUUUUCUUGCUGUGUUCA